ACAUAUUACGCUGCUACCAUAAGAAAAGCAACCGGUUUGUAGCGCUGGAGACCACCAGGUCAUCUCAUCCCCAAACUUCAGCUCUCUUAGCAUUCAAAACUUCAUAGUUGUGUGUUUCGCCCGUUGCAUAAAGGCUUUUGAUGCCAUGCGGACUUUAAUGUGAUAUGCAAAACUGGCAGGCCACUGAACCCAUUUCAUAUGCAUUCAAUUUGUUGAGAACAUUAGCCCAAAAUCAUAAAUAGCUAGCUAAGUUACCACUCAUUUGUGAAUUCAAAAGCGGUUACGAACAUAGAUAUGUACAAAAUGCAAAAUGAGAUUAUAAAUUAUUACUCAUGAUUUUACAAAAUGACUAAAGCUCAGUUAUUUUAUAUUUGAUAAACUAAAAUAUUUAAUCAUACGUAAGAGGUCUCAGUUUUUCUUUGAGUGAAUAAAGCUCCAUCAAACUUUCAAUCUCCUUGUCGACAGCGAAAUGAUAGUGCACAAUAAACCAAACUGCAUGAUCCGUGUGCAAGCCAGCCUGAUUCCCACGCGAAUGUGUCAGUCAUGAACGGUUUAUUCACCUCCUUAAUUGUGAUGGUGUCCUUUUCGAAAGCCGGAAGCAAUCUCCUGGCUGUUGGCCUGCAUUUCCUCAUUUCUACGCCAGUGGGUUAGUGGUAUCCACACGGAGACCCAAUGCAAUGAUAGCCCAUUGCUCCGAGAGCCGGGCCAGAGUCAAAAACCAGUUUGGGGCGCUAAAGAGCGGGUCAGCCCCCGCUUAAGCUCUCUUAGCUGUUUUGUCUGCUGGCUCUGCUGCCGAAAAUCGAGCUAGCCAUUUUGCACAUUCGCCAAUUGGGCUUGGGAGUCUGAAGCGGUCGCUUGGUGUCUAAACAACGUAGUCGCGCUUGCCCAACCCAGUAUCAGCUAAAUUCGCAGCCAAGAUGUGUGAUUAGGAGUGUGUGACACAAACUGCAGUGAUUCCAACGAAAGGUCAGUGGCUCAUCGACCACUCAAGUGAUCCCCCCGCUCGCAAUGAGAUUGAUCUGGCUGCAGCUCCUGGCUGCUGGGGUUGCUCUCUACCUGGCAAACUGUUGUGCAACGGCCGCCAAGGCAUCCACAAGCCGCGGAGUUGCACAAUACAAGCUACCGCUCCCUGCUCCAUUGCCAGACCACGAAUCUGUGGCGGUUUCAGGAGCGGAUCAGGCUAGGCGACAGCAACAGCUGCAGCAGCAGGGAGCAUCCAACCAGCGGAGGCGCACUCAGGUCGUGCGGCGGCGCAGGCCCUCCUCUACAACAACAACUUCAUCCACCUCAACCACAACGACAACCACAUCGACAACAACUACAACGACGACAACAACAACUCCGCGUCCCAGCCUGGCCAACGGCUUCAACUUCUUUAAUCGGAACUUCUGGAGUUUCGGCCAGCAGAGUCUGGUGGCAGUGCGUCCGCCCACCAAGCAGGUCCAUCCGCCGAAAAAGUUUAGUCCCAAGGAGGAGAAGUCCGGCCAACGAAAGGUGGCCAAGACCACUAGGAAACCGAUGGGUCAGAGAACCAGCACCACUAGUCGAAGCACAACAACAACAAGCACCCAAAAACCCACUACGGAUGGACCCUUUCGCAUUGCACUGCCCACCUUGAAUUUCCCACGCGGCAACCAGGAUAACAGCAGGGAUAGGGAAACGGAGAAGGACAAGAGAUCGGCUGCCGAGCUGCGCUUGAGGUUCGAUUGUCCGCGGGAGAACGAGGUGAGGUUCCAGCUAUUCCCCAAGAUCUGCAAGGCGGAUCGGGACUGUGCCGUGUGGCAACGGGAUGAGCUGUGCUGUGAUAUCUUUGGAGCAAGCAGCUGUGUCUCUGGGGUUCCAAAGCCGCUGGAGGAGACUCCACAUGCUCCCAUCUUGGGCUUGAUACCUCGCAAGUGCCCGAGUAGACCGCUGGCCGAGCUCUGGUGGGACGUCCAGGAGUGCUCCACGGACAUGGACUGCUGGCCAAGGGUCUGUUGCCCGGAUGGGCGUAGGAGAUACUGCCGCACCUCGCAGCCGGAGUUGGAAACAGCUCCAGUGCCAGUGAAGCGAUCCUUCGACUAUCUUACGGAGUACCUGGAAUGCACGGCCCCGCCGCCGCCCAUCUUUGACCUUCAUCCGAAGGCGUGCACCUCCACCUUGGAUUGCUUUCCGAACGUGUGCUGCCAGGAGGCGGGACUGCGCCACUGCCGGCCGCCCAAGAAGUCCGUGCUCACACUGAUGGCCAACUUUCUCAACGUGGACUUCGUGAAGCGACUGGCACAGAAUAUCGUUAUCAAGUAGGGCGCACCGUGAAUUUCCCAGUAUAUUUCAACGUGCGUCGAGCACAUUCGACAGAACAAUUUCGAAACCGCCGUGAAUCGCCCGUGUUUGUUUGGCCACGCUGAUAACCAAAAAGAAGAUAUGCCCACACCCAUACCUUUCAUAUACGUACAUAUGUAUGUACCAGUAUACAAACUGCGCACCCCAUCCAUUCGUAAUCCUCCAUUAAGUAAUGUUCACCUAGCCUAGUAUUAGACCUAAGCUGCAUUCGUAGGCUAGCAGAGUAAAAAGAUAUAUAUGUAUAUAUACGAACCAAAAUCUCCAACUGCGGCUUUUCCACUGUAGGUCUGAGGUGGAGGUCUCCCGUAACCCUACGCCUCCUAGGUCACUUCAACCGACUGCCGUGGGGUUCUUGUUCUUGACUUAUUUCGUUGGCAUUUCGUUUAUAUGUCGGGUUCUUGCACUUUCAUGUUAAUUGCGCGAUCAUAUUACAUCUAAAACUAUAUGGCACUUUUGCGCUAUAAACGAGGCAUUUCACAAAACAGACUGAGCAGUAAUAAGUCUACAAUCAUAUAUUUUUAUGAAUCACCUAUAAAAUAAUGGAAUCCGAUUUGAAUAUGAACUAAACUUUCAUUCCCCAUUAUGUUGUUUCGAAGUAAAUACAUGUUAUGCUUUUUCGUUUUCAAUUUGAUAGGGAAUAAUGGUUUUAUUAUUUCUAAAGCUAGCAUUCUUUAAUCCGAUAGCGGCUAUAUUCUAACGCCCGCGACUGUAUUUUUAUCUACAAGUCAUGAGUUCAAACCGCUGUGCUUUGAAACUCAAUUCUCCAGUCGCUUCAGAAGUGAGGCAUCUCAGAUUGCCUAUUGCUCAACUGACUUUAAUGAUAUGUACAUAUGUAUAUGCACAUUGUGGAAAACACUUGACCAUCCCAUUUCCACGACGCAUAUUGCCGACCACGUAGCUCCAAGCUACCUCCAAUAAAAGAGAAUCUAACCUAUAAUACCCCAGGCCAAUUGAUUAUGCAACACGAAAAGACGCAGUUAGACAUCAAUUACUUUAAUUGGACAUUGAUUGGAUGGGAAGUAAAUGAGAAAACAUUGUGUUUUAGUAUUGGGAAUUAUAAGAAAUCAGUUCGGAGACGAGAUGCAGAGCCUC